GGAUAUAUCGACCAAAUCAAUGGAUAUAUCGACCAAAUCAAUGUCAAGACUUAUUAAAGAUGAUCUCCACAUAAAAGCAAUAUUCCUAGUUUCAUAGCCGAUGAUAGGUCGGCUGGAAGUCCAAAUUUGAAUCCAUUGAACUACAAAUUGUGAUCAGAGUAGGAGAACAUGACCUGUCGAAUAUAUUAUAUCACAGAAAUUUCGAGAGGCUCGUCAAUAUCAAUAGAAAUUGUGCGUGUUGUUAUUGAUCAAUGGCCGGAUCGUUUGAGGGCUUGGUUGAAAGCAAAAUGUGACUUUUUCGAAUAAAACUUUGCACAACAAUCACUGAAAAUAGUAUAUAUUAUAAAAUAAAAUAACCUUUUUUAAAAAAUAUUGUAUGGUUUUAUUUUUAUAACGAUCUGAGCUUGUAACAUAUCAUUUGGUCGGCCUAAGUAUAUUCAUUUACUUUUCUUCUUAUAAAGCACAUUCUUGUGUUUCAAGUGAUUCAAAACAUUUAGAAUCUCAAUUUUCGAUUAUCAAAACAAAAACACUUACAAGAAAGAGAAAAUUUCUCAGUUAUUUGCAUUCGCACAUUCUGACCUCGGUCUCUCUUAACUAAUAAUUAUAUCGCCGCUUAUCAAGCGACAUAUGUGUGUUGUUACAUAUCUAUCUCCAUACAUCGGCUUUCGUACACUUGAGAAUGAAACUGAGCUCAAUCUGACGGCUUUAGUAGCAUUCGAGAUCUCGAUGAUGUCUCAAGUGACGAUUUCGAAGCGCUGUUCAAAGUUAUCGUGCGAUAGACAUAAACACUGAGAAACAACAGUGUUAAGCUCCAAAGAGGCGACAUACAUACAUCACUGAGCAGUUGUAAUUUAAGUUGUAAAUUAUGCUGGACUCUGUUGUUGUUGAUUUUUCAUUCAAUAAUCAUUUGAAUAUAUAUUUGAUAGUGUUCUUGUCAAUUAUCGGCGGCCGUCAGCUUCAGAACACAGGAUGCGAUUGGAGCUGUGACAACGGCGAGUGUUUAGACAGUGAAUAUCUCUGCGAUGGUAUAAUUAAUUGUGCCGAUGGUUCGGAUGAAACUAUAGAAAACUGCUACGGCAAUUCAACAUGUCCGUCUUUCGCAUUUCGUUGUGCCUAUGGAGCUUGUAUUACGGGCGAAAAUCGUUGCAAUAAAAAACGGGACUGUGCAGAUAACUCGGACGAAUUGCCAACCAUAUGUCAAAUGACGAGUAUCGAAUUGAACUUGGCGAUACGCGGUCAAUGUGGUGACUCGAAAAUGCAGUGUAACAAUGGUCUAUGUAUAGAUAGUGAUAAGUUAUGUGAUGGCAUACGAGACUGCCCGGAAGGAGAAGACGAAACCUUGGAAAAAUGUGCACCAUUUACAUGCCAGUCCUUCGCUCAUAGAUGCGCCUACGGUGCCUGUAUAGAGGGUAAAGCCGCCUGUAAUGGCACCGCAGAGUGUCACGACGGUUCGGACGAAUCAUACGCUCUAUGCGGUGGUAUACGAAAGAAAGGUUCCAACGUACGACCAACGCCGAAAGCAACGGAGACGCCUACAACACCAACAACUCUAAAAAUUGAAAAGAAGUGUCAAAUACCCGCCAAUAUUGUAAAUGCAAUAAUCACGAAUGCAAACUUCGGUACAAGUAUCGCCGUCGGUUCGGAUGUGCCAACAAAUAUGCUUAUUAAAUUUGCAUGUCAACCUGGCUAUAUUUUAGACGAAGACGGUAUGUUGCUUUGCACAAGCAACGGUUGGCACAAAAGGCUGCCAGUCUGCAUCAGUCGCGAAUAUUGUGAUGCGGGGAUGCUACAUGCGGAUAAAUCUACCGUGGCCACUUGCUUCUUCGAUAAUGCGCCUGUGGUAUGUGAAAAAAUCAGACCAAACACUAUUGCUAGAAUCGAUUGUGCAACAGGAUAUCAGCAAAAGGAUGUACCCCAAAAAACCACUUUACGCUGUACAAAUAAAUACAAUUGGAAUCAGCCGAGGACACCAUGCGAAAUAAAAUGUGGGCAUGUGCAACAACUGUCGACGCCAUAUUCACGCAAUGGCAUAGAAAUUAAAAUUGUUGAGGCUCCGUGGCAUGUUGGCAUUUAUAUCAACCUAAACGAAAAGGAUUUUAAGCGUGUUUGUGGCGGGUCCAUAGUUUCUGAUCGCCUCGUUGUGACAGCCGCCCAUUGCGUCUAUGAUGAAGCCAAUUUAAAACAGUACGAAAAUUGGCGUUUCAAAGUGUCUCCAGCAAAGAUGGCAAACUCGUACAUCAGCGCUGAUGGUAUCGAUGUCACAAAUGUAUAUAUUCCAAAAAAGUACACAGGUUCCGGAGAUAACUAUAACGGUGAUAUGGCGAUUAUCACCUUACAGAAGCCGAUUACAUUCGAUCAUUCUGUGAAACCAAUUUGCUUUGAAAAUCACAUUUUGGCUGCUGCCACAGUGGAAAAUGGCAUGGAUGGUUUCAUAGUCGGCUGGGGUCCCACUGAGAGCAGUAAUAAUGUCGACGUCUUUCAGAAAGUGGAAGUAACUACGCUCUCCUACUACAGAUGCAUCGAGCGGUUAAGCAGCAAUGAUAAACAGUAUGAUUUGCCGACUGAUAAGUUUUGCGUUGUGCGCAAAGGAACAUCAGGCGAUAUUUGUCGAGGCGAUAGCGGUGGUGGAUUCGUCAGAUAUACCCAUGGACGAUAUUAUUUGCUAGGAGUAAUAAGUCACGCUCCAUUAGGCAAAAGCAAUUGCGGCAGAGACAGCCUUAUAGCGCUUACGAAUGUGCAAUACUAUGAAGAAAUAAAGCUAGGCAUAGAUGGCGAGGCAGAAUAUGUUACGUCGUAAAUUUAGCGUAAUAUUUAGGAAAUAAUCUACUGUUAAGAUAUAAGAUUUUUGUACUCAAGCAAUAUUUUUAAAUAGAUACAACAGAAUUUAGAGUAAUGAUAAACACAUGUGUACAACAAUGAUGCAUUAAUUUGUAUAUGUUUUUAAAUUGAUUUAUUAAAAGCUUUAUUUUCUUA